AAUCAGGUAAGAGCAAUGGUAAUUAUAAAUCCCGGAAAUCUUACUGGACAGUGUCUUAGUGAAGCUAAUUUGAAAGAAAUUUUACGAUUCUGUUACCAAGAAAACUUAGUCUUGCUCGGGGAUGAAGUUUAUCAGCAGAACAUUUACCAGGAUGAGCGCCCCUUCAUAAGCGCAAGAAAGGUUCUGUUGGACAUGGGCCCACCCAUAAGCAAGGCGGUCCAGCUUGUUUCUUUUCAUACUGUGUCCAAAGGAUGUUGGGGGUGAAUGUGGACAGCGCGGUGGAUACUUUGAGAUGACUAACAUUCCUCCACAGGUUUGCCUUGCUGU